CCUUGAAUCACAAUUAUGAGUAAAACUUAUAGAACUAUAAAUUAAUGUUUACCAUUUUUUAUUCCGUAAAAUUGUUAAACACGUAGGAUUAUUUUAUGCAUGAAGACAAAUUAAUUUUAUUUUAAAAUGAUUGUAACUGGCCUAAAAUUCUAUAUUUUAUAUUCACAAAUUAAUGACAAUGACUUUGAAGGCUGCCUACCUACUUUAAACAAUAACUUAGUUUUUCAACACGUUUGUAAUAAUUUGUAGCUUUUACGGUUUUAUUCAAAUUCUAUAAACAUGAGUCAUUCCAUGAGUAGUCCCAGAAACAUCCAACUAGUAUUUGAAACCUACCAGAAAGCUAGAUUGGUUUUUGUCCAAACCAUGGCAGAGUUGGCUACGAGAGCUACUAACGUGAAAUGUCUGGAAAGUGCUGGUGUCUUGGAACUCCUCAGACCGUUGCUGUCAGACGCGUGUAGCACAGUGCGGCAGUGCGCGGUGGUGGCGGCCGCGCGCCUUUGCGAGCACGACGAGGACAUCGCCAGGCAGAUGCUCAAUGGCGGCAUGCUCACCAUCACGCUCGAGAACCUCAACAAGUAUAACGUUUAUUAUAAAAGAUCUGCGCUGUACCUCCUAAGAGCGGUAGCAAAGCACAACGAAGAACUGGCUGGUGCCAUAGUCCGUCUGGGCGCAUUAGAACACAUUGUUUCUUGUCUAGAAGAUUUUGAUACACAAGUGAAAGAAAAUGCAGCCUGGGCUUUAGGCUACAUUGGGAAACACAAUGAACAAUUAGCCGGUCUGGUGGUGGACGCCGGUACCCUGCCGCUAUUGGUGCUGGCCUUCCAGGAGCCAGAGAUCAGCUUGAAACAGAUAUCUGCUGGUGCCCUGGUAGAUCUGGCCCAGCACAAGCCUGAGGCGGUGGUGGACGCCGGUGCGAUUUGCCAUUUGGUGCGAGGACUGGAAAACCAAGAUCCCAAGUUGAAGCGAAGCACGCUAUGUGCGCUGGGCGCUGUGGCCGGCGCCCGCUCGGAGCUGGCGGAGGCGGUGGUGGCGGGCGGCGCGCUGCCCCCGGCGCUUCUACACGCAGGACACGACUCUGCGCCCGUAAGACGAGCCGCCGCCUGCUUGCUGAGGGACAUCGUGAAACAUUCUAUUGAUUUAGCGCAAUUAGUAGUGAACACUGGCGGCUGCGGGCCGCUGGUGGAGCUGCUGAACGAGCCGGCGGGAGGCGCGCGCGUGCCCGCGUGCAUGGCGCUCGGGUUCAUCGCCGGGCAGUCCGACCAGCUUGCCAUGGCUGUUAUUGAAUCUAAGGCAAUACCAGGUUUGGUGGAGAUCCUGCAGAACCCGGAGGCGGAGGACGCGGAGCUGUGCGCCGCCGCGUGGACCAUCGGCCACAUCGCGAAGCACUCGCCGCAGCACAGCCUCGCCAUCGCGGUGGCUAACGCCUUGCCUAGAUUACUGCAGUUGUAUACAAAUCCAAAAUCUUCGGGAGAGGUGCGUGCCCGAACAUCCUGUGCAUUGAAGCAAUCUCUACAGUGUUGCUUGCACCGGCCAGCACUGGAGCCUUUGUUGCAUGCUGCACCUGCUUGCAUUCUCAAAUAUGUGCUAGCUCAGUAUGCUAAGAUAUUGCCUAAUGAUGCUAGAGCCAGAAGGUUAUUCGUUACAACGGGUGCUUUGAAGAGAGUGCAAGAAAUAGAUGCGGUUCCAGGGACGUCGUUAAAAGAAUACAUAAAUAUUAUAAACAGCUGUUUUCCGGAAGAAAUCGUUCGGUAUUACACCCCUGGGUACUCGGAUUCGCUGCUGGAUAGAGUAGAGGCUUAUACCCCGCAAAUACCGGAGUUAUUUACAGACAGGGUGCCCAGUGAUUGUCAAAGCGAGUUAACUAUAGAAAAUGGAAAAUAAACUAACUUUCGGACGAAAUGAAAUCU